UGACCAAGUAAUUAGGAUCAUUUCAAUUUCAUGGCAAGUCAUAACCAGGAGCAUCUUUCCACUGAGAUUGUGAACCGGGGCAUCGCUGAUUCUGGUCCAUAUGCAGGGUCCCUGAGCUUCUCAGUGACAGUCAGGCGUGGCUUGCCAGAUUUCCUUAAUUCAGUUAACCUGAAAUAUGUGAAGCUUGGUUAUGCUUACCUUAUCAGCCAUGGCUUUUACUUUCUAACUGCACCUGUUGUCCUUGUCAUUUUUGGUGCCCAAAUAGGAAAGCUCACAUGGGAUGAUUUUUGCUUGAAAUGUGACCUUAUGAAUGCCCUCUUCAUGAUGGGUUUACUGAGCUUAAUACUCUACAUUCAUCUAGAUUUAAAGCCUCGCUCUACUUAUUUGGUGGAUUUUGCUUGUUAUCGCCCACCUGAUGAGCUUAAGACCUCAAAAGAGAAAUUCAUCGAAUUGGCCAGAAAAUCUGGCAACUUUGAUGAUGCUGCCAUUGAAUUUCAGCAGCGAGUGCUCAAGAAUUCUGGCAUUGGAGAUGAAACCUACUUGCCGACAGGAAUAUUUCGUGCCAGUCACAGGAGAACCCUCAAGGAUGGCAGGGAAGAAGCCGCAAUGGUCAUGUUUGGAGCUGUAAAUGAGCUCCUUGCUGCCACUAAAAUCAAGAUCAAGGACAUUAGAAUCCUCAUUGUAAACUGCGGAAUACUGAAUACGACUCCAUCGCUCUCUGCCAUGUUGGUGAACCACUUUAAGCUGGGGCAUUAUGUUCAAAGCUUCAAUCUUGGGGGCAUGGGCUGUGCUGCAGGAGUAAUAGCCAUAGAUCUAGCAAGAGACCUUUUGAAUGCCUACCGGGGCUCAUAUGCACUAGUUGUGAGCACGGAAGCUGUGAGCUACUCUUGGUACAGAGGGAAGGACAUCCACAUGCUUCUUCCUAAUUGCUUCUUCCGAAUGGGGGCUGCCGCCAUGUUGCUCUCCAAUUGCCACCUAGACCGAUGGCGCUCCAAGUACGAACUCAAACAGUUGGUCAGAACUCACAAAGGCAUGGAUAACAGAAGCUUCAAAAGCAUACAUCUCAAGGAAGAUGGUGAAGGGAAACAAGGGCUGUCAGUGAGCAAAGAUGUGGUUGAAGUGGGAAGCCAUGCACUUAAGGACAACAUCACAACCUUGGGACCUCUAGUUCUUCCCUUUUCUGAACAACUCCAUUUCUUCACCACUCUGCUCUUCCACAACUCCAAGCCUUAUAUUCCUAACUACAAGCUCGCCUUCGAGCAUGUUUGCAUCCUGGCCACCAGCAAGCAGGUCCUAGAUGAGAUACAGAAGAACUUAGAGCUCACUGAGGAGUACAUGGAGGCAUCAAGAAGAACUUUGGAGCGUUUUGGGAACACUUCUAGUAGUAGCAUUUGGUACGAAUUAUCCUACUUGGAGGCAAACCGAAGGGUGAAGAGAGGAGAUAGGAUUUGGCAAAUCGCAUUUGGGUCGGGUUUUAAGUGCAAUAGUGUUGUUUGGAAGGCUCUUAGGAAUGUUGGGAUGCCCAAGCACAGCCCAUGGUUUGAGAACUGAGAAUUGAGAAUCCUGUCAAGACAGGGAAGAGGGUGAAAAGGAAAACCAAAAAUCUGUGGAAUUGUUUGAUAGAUAAUACAAAUGUCUGGCUAAUAAAUGUGCACCUCAA